GGCUGGUCUCCUCGGUGGCCAGCUCUGUGCAAGAACACUUGUUCCCCUUCAGUUCCUCCUCGUUGUGCACAUGGCGGGCGGCCAGUUCUGUGCGGGGCCGCCGCUUGUUCCCGUUGGCCUCCUCCUCGUGAUCAUCGCCGUUAUUUGGAGAUCCAGGAUCCCGGUGACGAUCUAGAGGAGGAGGAUCUCGUGAUCUAGAGGAUCAUAGGAACUCAAGAUGGAGAUGUCGCCGAAUCCCCGGCUUCCGUUCCUCGCCAUGGUGCACUGGACAGGGGUCCAGAACCAACACCCUACUGCAACGACGCUGUUCAGCGUCGCCGACGCCAGGCCCCUCGGCGGCGGCGGCCAUGGCCUGGAGGAGGAGCUGAAGAACAAGUCCAUGUGCCCCACAGCGCAGGGCUGGAUACUAGUCCACGAUCACGCGGCCACGUACCUGCUGGAUGCUAAGAGCCUCCAAAAGAUCCAGCUGCCGCAUCUCGCGGUGGAGCAACGCCUGAUCCCGUACUGCAGCUGCCUGCUCCGAGGCGAGCCGACGGCUGCGGGGUGCCUCGUGCUCCUGGUCGAGCCCGCCGCCGCCUUCAUAUGGUACUGCCGCGUCGGCGACGGCGGCGAGUGGACCAAGCACCAAUACGACAUCGGGUCCGUGGGAGACGGGACCUUCAUUGACAAAAGCCUGAUCGCCCCGAUUGCCGCCUGCAGGGGCAGGUUCUACUUCAACGCCCUGUCCACCGAGACGCGUGUGCUGGAGCUACGCGCCGGAGCAGCGCCGGUGUUCGGCUCGGUGGCGACGGAGCGUGCGGAGGCGGACAGGUACACGCAGGCGAUGGUGUUCAUGCUGACGGCCGACGGGGAGGACGAGGAGGAGGAUCUUUACAAGGUCGUGCUGCUGCACAACGGAGGAAGCUUCGACAAAGCCAUGGUCUUCAGGAUGGACUUCUCCGAGCACCGGUGGCGCCUCGUCGACCAUCUCGGCGGCCGCGCCUUCUUCGUGGCCCAAAUGUACUUCGGCGCGUCGUGCGUGCCCGUGGCCGGCGGUGGGAUCCGGCAGGACUGCGUCUACUCGCUGGUUUCGGCCAAGAAUACUUACCGGAUUUUUAAUCUGAAAGACGGGACUUCAGAAGUGCACAACCUCGAACCAGAUGAUGAAGCGACGAUGAAAAUAGUCAGGAAAUCAAGACCAUGUUGGGUGCUGCCAACACAUCCAAGACCUUAAUUCUUUUGGUUUUUCGGCGUCUCGCUCGAUCGAGAUCUUCCUUUUAGUUGUAAUAAGUCGGUACCCAGCUGUAGUAGUUGCACCUUUCGAAAUUGAUAGAGACAAGAAAAUCUCUGUAUACUCAGAUUUAGGUUAAGAGUAAAUUACAAGGGCGGGUUGAGAAUUCAA